CUCAAAGCAUGCAACCUAUAUUUUCAUUUUUGCUCUGGGAGCCCCGGCGUUAUGUCAAGACAGCCAAGGUAGACAAGCAAACUUUUUUUUGUCAUUUCGGUGCGUCUUGCACUGAGGAAGGACCUCCUGAUCUUUGGUGGGACGGACUGGAGGGAGGUUCUGGACGGGAGAAGUACAACAGUUGUAGUACAACUCGAAUACUAAAUAGCUGGACGAAGAAGCAGGCGUCUUAGUGUCAGCAGCUGGGAUCAGAGUCUGAACUAUGGGGAGGAAAUCGACCAAAGCAAAAGAGAGGAAGCAGAAGAGACUUGAGGAGCGGGCUGCAAUGGAUGCAGUUUGUGCUAAAGUAGAAGCUGCUAACAAGUUGGAAGACCCCCUGGCAGCACUUCCUGUGUUUAAGAAGUAUGACAGAAACAACUUGAAUGUCACAAUUGAAAGUAAAAAGGUUUCGAGUCUGGACCAAGCUACAAUAGACUGGGCGUUUGAGCUGACCAGAGCAAAUAUGCAGACAUUGUAUGAACAAAGUGAGUGGGGAUGGAAAGAUAGAGAAAAACGUGAGGAAAUGACAGAUGACCGAGCCUGGUACUUAGUUGCACGAGAUGAAGAUUCUACACCUGUUGCAUUUUCACACUUCCGGUUUGACAUAGAGUGUGGAGAGGAGGUGUUGUACUGCUAUGAAGUACAGUUAGAAAACAAAGUACGGAGAAGAGGUCUGGGCAAAUUUCUUAUACAGAUUCUUCAGCUCAUAGCAAACAGCACACAGAUGAAGAAGGUCAUGUUGACGGUAUUCAAACACAAUCAUGGAGCUUACCAGUUCUUUCGGGAGGCAUUACAAUUUGAAAUUGAUGAGACCUCACCGAGCAUGUCUGGUUGCUGUGGAGAAGAUUGCUCCUAUGAAAUUCUCAGUCGGAGAACAAAAUACGGAGAGAGUCAGCAUUCACAUGGCAGCAGUCAUUGUGGAGGCUGCUGCCAUUGACUAUAAUUUCUUUUUAAAUAAAGAUGCUGCAUAACUUUUUGCAUCACUACUACCAUUGCAGACACCACAGCUAUACAUUUGUUCUGUUAUUACUUUGUCAGAGCUACCGUGGAGUACAGGAAGGCAAGGCUCUGAUUCCCUUUUUUAUUGAGAGCACCAGUUGACCACAAAAGAGCACCAUGUUAGGUUAUACACUGUGUGUGUGGUAAUUAAAGGCAGUUUGUCCUAUUAAAGUGAAUUUGUGGUUCUCCUGCUGUGACAGCCCUAUCUACCUCUGCAUGUCUUGUCCCAUAAUACUGACUUUGAAUGCAGUUCUGAUCUGAAAGGUGGGCCUUUCUCUGUGGAAAACUGUUACCUUUCUAUGUAUUUUUGCAGAGCCUUAGCUUGCUUGUAUGUGUUUUCAUAUCCAAAACUGGGUAUAAAGGGAAUGGGGUAUAGUGGUUAUCUGGAUGUCUGCAUGGAGUAUUGCCUUGUACUAAUAUUGGAGACAUUCAGAAUGCCUUGCCAUAAGAGUUAUUUCAAUUUCAUGUAUUAUGCUUAAUCUGGGCACAACUGCUUUAAAUGAUUUAUUUAGAAAACCUUAUAUCAUUGCUAAUUUCCAUCCAGUUUAAAAAGGGGAAAUUAAAGGUGUACCAGACAUUUAUAGCCCAAAUACAUUAAUCUCAUUAUUCUUCUAAUCACACAGAGGUCUUACUGCUGAUCAUAUUGGAAAUGCAGAUGUUUUGUAAGUGUACCAGCAAUUAUGCCUGUGUGAAUGAAAAAUUUAUGACAAGACUUGGAACAGAAGAUUUAAGAUUUUUUUUAUGGAAUUGUGAUCAUUGAUGUUUGUAUUGCAUAUUGUACUGCUUUGCUUGUGGUUAAAGAUGUUUGCCCCUCAUUACUCUUAAGUGGUUUAUUGAUAUUGUACUCCUGCUUUUCCUUAUUCCUUUUUUGUGACAAAUACAAAAUGUUGCUGAGUGGUAGACUAUCAAAGCAUACUUUGAAGUUAAGGUUAAUUGGUGUUUCUGUGCUGCCUCUGGAUGAAAAGGUUUUGUGUAUUAUCUAACUGUUGGUCACUGGUAGAUCUUAUAUGGUGGAGUGUCCCUGUUAUGUUUUUAAGAAAAUUGAAAGUUGUUUCUCCUUUAUUGCUGCUUUGUUUUAUUUGCACUACAGACAAGGUGCUAUUUUCAGAUAUAAUAUUCUGAAUUAAAGAAAGUGUUUUUAUUACUUGUA